AUGUCAAGCCAGGGAUCUACGCCAGCUGUUCUGACAGAAUGGCUUCGCGUGUUUCGCCUACAACACGUAAUCUGUGGUCUUUACCUUUACGAGUGGGUAACAACGCUUGACUAUGAAUGUCACUUCUACACGAGGAGACGGGCGUGGACAUGGACGUUCGGACCCUACCUGCUCUGCCGUUACAGCGCGUUGGGUGCUCUUGUCAACCUGCUCCUCGAGCUGAACAACCCGCCCAUGCUCGACUGCACGACUUGGGCAAGAAUGGAGCUGCUGCUCCCUUACCUGGGCGUCCUGAUGGCUUCUCUCCUCAUCGCGGUCCGCACCAUCGCCAUCUGGAAUCGACAACCAGCUAUCGUGGCGGUGGCGCUCAUGGGUGUUCUGACAUCACUAGCCCUUGUGAUCCACAGUAUCGUGAUUUCCUGGGGAACAUGGAAUUCAAACAUCCGAAGCUGUUAUUUGCCGGAUAGUGCGCCUACGAGUCUAUCUGUACUCGCUGCAACACUGGCAUUCGACGUGUUGCUGUUGCUACUCAUGCUUCUCGGACUGUUCCGAAGAAGGACUGCCCGCCGAUGCGCCAUAUGGAACUUUUUGUGGAAACAAGGACUUAUAUGGCUCGCAAUUGCCCUGGCAGCAGAAGUGCCAACCGUCAUCAUUAUCGCGCUCGACUUCAGCAGCUCAAUCAAUCAGGCGUUCCAGGCUGUGGGAGUUGUUGUGAUCGUUCUUGCGGCCACGAGGAUGUACCGCUCCCUCACAGAUAUUCUGCUUGCCAGCAGGUCGAACCCUCCUGAUUGCGACGAAAGUGUCAAGCUGGCAGUGCUUAGACGCUGUCCCACGCGCAAUCUCUACACAAGCUGUCCACCUAGCGGCGCUACGGAACAACCUGUUGAGAUCGAGGUUCGCGUGGAGCAAGAAGUGGUCUAG